AUGGAGCUUGUAAUCUUCUUCAUAGCAUGUGUUUGUUCCUCAUAUUUGAUAUGGUACCUCAAACACAGGAACCAAGUCUUAUUGCAGUGGCCUUUGUUUGGCUCAAUCCCGUCGGUCGUCCUCAACAUGCAUAAAAUAAAUGAUUGGAUAGCCGGGAUUUUCCUCUCCCUCGGCACCGGCUCUUUUAACAUCAAAGGGCCAAAGUUGUCGAAGCUCCAUUACCUGGUGACUACCGAUCCAGACAACCUCAAGUACAUUCUCAAGACCAAUUUUGCCAACUUCCCCAAAGGCCCAGAAUUCCACCAGAAGUUCGACAUUCUCGGCGGGGGAAUAUUCAAUGCCGAUUUUGAUUCGUGGGCCAAGCAGAGAGAGAUGGCGCAUUCAUGUUUCAGGUCGUCCGAGUUUCGGAGCUUCCUCGCAGACACAACCAAGAAGGUGGUCGAGGACAGGCUUGUCCCUCUGUUGGAUCAUGUGACGAGGCAAGGAUCUAGCAUUGAUUUGCAAGAUGUAUUUUCAAGGUUCACGUUUGAUACUAGUGUCAUAGCGGUUUUUGGGAGAGAUUUAGGACACCUUUCUCCGGAUUUGCCUACUAAUAAAUUUGUCCAAGCUGUCGAUGAUGCGCAGGAAGCAAUACUUUACAGGUUUGCAGUGCCGACGUUAGUUUGGAAGUCGAUGCGCUGGUUGAAGGUUGGAAGAGAGAGGAAGUACAUCGAGUCAUGGAAAACUUUAGAUAUCAUCUUGGCCGAAUAUAUUUCUCAGACGAAGGAAGAGUUGCGUAAGGGAGUGGACAGAAACACUGUGUUAUCCACCUAUAUCAAGUCUCAAGAAGAUUCUGAACAAGGUCGAUGGCAAAGUGGUGAUCAUCUGUCGUCGGUGGCGAAUAAUGGUGACAAGUUCCUCAGAGAUAGCAUGCUGACCUUCACUCUCGCCGGACGAGAUACGACUACUGCAGGUCUUAGUUGGUUCUUCUGGUUGAUUUGCAAGAACCCCCAUGUGGAAGAAAAGAUCUUGGAUGAGUUGAGGCUUUCAUUCUCGAAGAAAGCGACGGGCCGCAGUAGCAGUGGGGAAAAAAUGUGGCCAUGGGUGUUCGACAAAAGUGAUCUAAAAGGGUUGGUGUACUUUCAUGCCGCGUUCUGUGAAUCAUUAAGACUGUAUCCUCCACUUCCCCUCAACAGCAAAGGUGUGGUGAAGGAAGAUGUCCUCCCCGACGGCAACGUCGUGAGGCCCGGGAUGGAGAUGAUACUCUCCCAGUAUGCUGUUGGGAGGAUGCCAUGGAUAUGGGGAGAGGACUGUUUGGAGUUCAAGCCCGAGAGAUGGAUUCGUGAGGAUGGGACGCUAGAUCUUCAACCCAUGUCCAAAUUUUUUGCAUUCAGCGCAGGGCCGAGAUCAUGCAUAGGUAAGCAAAUGGCUUUCACUCAAAUGAAGUUGGCAGCUGCAGCUAUACUCUUCAACUUCCACGUUCAUCUAGUGGAGGGUCAAUCGAUCACCAUAAAACCAACCUUAGUUUGUUUGAUGAAGAAUGGGUUGAUGGUCAAAUUGAAACAAAGAACGCCUUGGGAUUAA